CUUUUAGGAGAAGCAAAAGUACUUCCCAAAGGAACUGAUAAAAAUAGGUCAGAUGCGGAAAUGCCAGAAUUGAAAAGAGCAGUACUAGAUGUAAAUAUACCGCAAAGGAUGAGUGGUGAUGGUGACUCAGUGGUUACUAGUAAAGUGAGUAAGACUUCCUGGGGUCUUAUCAGUGGAGUGAUAUGCGCAGCUGUGGUCAUUGCUUGUCUCGUCGGUGCUGUCAUUGUUUUAAUCAACAAAAGACGACAGAAGCAUCGCGCUGUCUUGAAUGCGAAUGUUGGAGACAUGAUUACUAUGCAAACAGCUGCUGAUGAUGAUGACAAUAGUGAGGACAUUGUCGGGAUGAUUUGUACUCCAGGACAGAAAUCAUCUACCAAUGUGAUCCACUCAGAUCGCACAGAUACGAUAGUUCCAGCGCAACUUACACUUGUGGAACAAAAUGCACUGCUGCAGUGUGUAAUUUCAACAAGUUCUCGUGUUUCGGAAGAUUUCAAUGGAGAUUUAUUGCUGAAGUUGAUUAGGAAUGGUCCAAAACAAUUUUCGUUCAAAUUUGAAGAAAUUAGAGAAAUUCUCCUUCAAGGAGCUCGAGUCUUUCUAAAAGAACCAACACUGUUGGAGGUCCCAUUACCUUGUGUGGUUUAUGGUGAUAUACAUGGCCAAUACAGUGAUUUGCAUCGAUGGUUUAAUUUAAAUGGAUGGCCAAGUCAAGUACGUAGCGUAUUUCUUGGUGAUUAUGUUGAUCGCGGCUCACAUGGUAUCGAAGUGGUUGCAUUGCUCACUGCACUUAAAGUUCGUUUCCCCAAUAAUAUUUUCUUGUGUCGCGGUAAUCACGAAGAAGAAUCACUAAAUCGUGCAUAUUCGUUUUAUGAAGAAGUUUGCAUGAGAUUUUCUGAAAAUCUCGAAGGUAGAGAUGGUCGGGCAUUGUAUCCUUACUUUCGAACUUUGUUCAGUAAUUUACCAUUGGCGGUACUUAUUGGUGGUCGAAUUCUUGGGAUGCAUGGUGGCAUUGGACCGAGACUUACUUCGUUGCAGGCAAUCCGAGAAAUUCGACGACCUUUGGAAGAAUUUGAGGUUGGGUCACUGGAAUGUGAUUUGGUAUGGUCAGAUCCUGAUACAUCUCCAGAUCGUAGUGGUUUCCGAAGUAAUUUUGAGCGUGAACCAUUAUAUGGCAUUGGUCAACUAUUUGCAUCUGAUACAGUCCAAAGUCUUUGCAAGAAGCUGGAUAUCGACAUGUUAAUUCGUGGACAUCAGGCUUAG